ACGUCACCGGCUCGUUUCUCUCUCUCUCUCUCCUCUGUGAAAAGCUCUCUUUUUUGUUUGGGUACUCCAGACGCUGCAAUGGUUUCUGCGCUGUCAGUUUAGAAAGAGUAGGGAGGGAAUGGGUUCGUGCGUUUCAUCAGCUCGCGGGAACUCCAGCUCCGCCGCGGCGAUCCCGCCUUCGCCGAUCAAGGAAAAGGCUGUCGACGGCGAGGCUCCGAUCAAUGGUGGCUCCCUCAAGUCUCAGUGGUCGCCUGGUCCUCGGUCAACGACGAGUUUCAGAGACUACGGCAGUAAAGAGGAUGUUUUCUUCGAUUCGAAGCCCUGGUUAGAGUCGGACUGUGAAGAUGAUUUUUUCAGUGUCAAUGGUGAUUUGACUCCUUCUCGUGGGAGUACUCCUUCCCAGGGAAACACUCCUAUCCACCCAUCCUUAUUCAGGGGAACACAAUUGGUUAAGAAUGCCCCUCAGGACAAAGCACCUGUCCCCUUUCCCGAACCUUCCCCAACAGCUAAGAAAAAGAAACUCGCUGAACUUUUCCGAGAUAGCCUCGGGGGGCAAGAAGAUGUUGCCGAUCACGAUGCUCUGGCUGACAAAGCAACUGCAGAAGCAAAGGCUGAAGCCAAGCCAACUAUACUCGAUGUUCUUCCGAGCUCUAAUCAAGGAACGCCUUACAUCUCUAAACCCACUUCCAUGUGUAGCAGCGAAAGGACUUCUAAUGGAGAUUAUGUGAUGGAGAAGCAGAAACCCGUUAGAACCACGCCUUGUUGCCUCCCUAGAUUGUCUUUGUACGGCAGUUUAAGUGAGGGGAAUAAGAAGAUGAGCCCUGCAAUAGCCGUGCAUGAUUAGAAAUGUUUAUCAGCUUGAGCUUUACAUGGAGGAAGUCGGGAUCUCUCGUGCUGAGAGAGGAAAUUCUGAUUUACCCAUCCGUGAGACUGUAUAGUCAAUAGAGGUCUUCAAUCUUGUAUGCAUGCCGUUAUCUUAUGCGAAAGCAUGUAUAUCGCAAACUGACUCAUCUGACUUGAGUAUUUUGCUUCUGCACUUAGGUGAAGUAGCAUCUUAUCGCAAAUUUUCUUCUCGCUUAUUCAUGU